GCAGCAGAGAGGAUGAGUUUGACAGAGAAGGACAAAGCUGCCGUCAAGGCCCUUUGGGCCAAAAUCUCCAAGUCCGCUGAUGCGAUUGGUGCUGACGCUCUGAGCAGGAUGCUUCUUGUGUAUCCCCAAACCAAGACCUACUUCUCCCACUGGCCAGACACGAAGGCUGGUUCCGAGCCCGUGAAGAAGCACGGCAAGAAGAUCAUGGGUGGGGUCGGUCUGGCCGUGUCCAAGAUCGACGACCUGGCCGCCGGCCUGCUGGAGCUCAGCGAGCUGCACGCCUUCAAGCUGCGGGUUGACCCGGCCAACUUCAAGCUCCUGGCGCACUGCCUCCAGGUGGUCAUCGCCAACAUGUUCCCCAAGGAUUUCACCCCGGAGGCCCACGUGGCUUGUGAUAAGUUCCUGGCCAACGUGGCUUUGGCUCUUUCUGAGAAAUACCGCUAAAGAUUCUGCAGCGGGAAGCCCGGUCCAAACCAUGAGAACCAACAGCAAGAACCCACAAAAAUAAACAAUAAAUCAAA